AUGUCAGUUCACGGUCCAGCAUCCAUCCUCUUUUGCUUGCUAUUAUCCAUGUUGACCAUCCUCACACCAGCCUCAAGUCAUCCACCACGCAGUCAAUGCAAGCUGACACAAAGAACCGCUCUCUGCAACAACAGUAACCUGACGUCAGUACCUGUGGGACUACCGGCCAGCACUGAGGAGCUUCAGCUCAAUGACAAUCUUAUCAAGACACUACACGACAACUCUCUUCAUUACCCCUCACUCACUACCCUCAGCUUAGCCUGCAACCACCUGGAGAAAUUACACGCAAACACUUUUCAACAUUCCAAAUUGUUAAAAGGUCUAAAUUUAGCAAAUAACAAUCUGGAUGUGAGUUACUUAGAAACCAGCAGCGCUUUAAAAACGUUGCGCCAUCUUAAAUCGUUAGAUCUAUCAGUGAAUAAAUUGGACGAAGAAAUGACUGCAGUCCUUCUUCAAAAUCUGACAUCCCUGGAGUACCUAAAUCUUUCGGGGAAUCUCCUACGGCGUUUGGACGAGAGCUCUUUCAGGGAUCUUCAGCAGCUCAAAGAACUGGAUUUGCAGAGGAACCUACUGUUUGAGAUUGACAACGCCUUCGACAACACUCCCAGAUUACAGCGGCUUAAUUUGGCCCUCAAUUAUCUGCCUUGCCUGAUGGACUUCCACAUGACCCAGCUGGUAGUCCUCAACGCUAGCCACAACUUCAUCGAAUGGUUCAUCUCCAGGCAGGAAAUUAACGACACUUUCCAAUUAGAGACGCUCGAUCUGUCCGAUAACAAUCUGCUCUUCUUUCCGUUCUUACCCACUGUUAGUCGCUUACGGAAUCUGUACCUGUCCCACAACAUUGUGAGUUUUUACGAGCACCUGGAUGACAACGUCACAUUCCCCAAUUUGACCGCCACGGUCAAGUUCUACAACCUGAGGAAGAACACCGAGAACAUUACGGCUAAGCUGUGGGACGACAGUCUUCACGGCGACAUCUCCUCGGUGGAGAUUUUAGAUCUACGAGCAAAUCAGUUGCAGUACUUCCCACAUGGAUUCAUCCAUAAAAUGCCUUCGCUGUCCAGACUACGAAUGUGUACCAAUUGUCUGGAAAGCUUAAAUCUAACGUCGGAGCAAUUCUCUGGGAACUUGUAUGAAUUAGACGUUAGCAACAACAGACUGAAAGAGAUUGUAGCGAAUGACGUUACAUUGAGAACUCUAAGCAAUUUGACAUACGUUAACCUAAGCAUGAACGAGCUGGACUGCCUAUCUUCUGGACUGUUUUUUCCCUUGCCAAGUCUUAGGUCAGUGGACCUCAGCUACAACAACAUAUGCCUUCCUCAGGCUAAUUCAGGUUUAGCUUGGAAAGUCACCGCGUCCUUACGGAAGCUUUACCUGAAGGGAUGCCACCUUGCGAGAAUUCCACCUUUUGCAUUCUCUGGACUGUCACUGACACAUUUAGAACUCUCUGAAAACCCUGGACUAAGAGGGCAAGAAUCCAUUAAAAUUCUGAGUAGAACGUUAAACCACCUAGGUUUGGGAAACACACACGUUGGUGACUUGGACUUCAGGGACUUUGUGAAUCUGAAGUCUCUGAAUAUUUCAUGCAACUCUCUUGCACAUCUUCCAGCUUCAAUCUUGAGUCUGGACUUAAAAGAGCUUGAUUUGAGGGAAAAUAAGCUGACUACUAUUCCUUCAGAUCAAGCUAACACAUUAGCAUCUAAACUUCACACUGUUUUUCUCACUGGAAAUCCAUUCAACUGCUGCCAAUCCGAGUGGUUUAGGACCUUUGAAGCCACAAAGACAAUCCACAUGGUCGGACAGUCGGACAUUGAAUGUAUGGAUCUCUCCCGAACACACAGCAUUAGGCGUCCUCAGACAUUUUUUUGUCAUGAGGAAUAUGGAGAAUCUAUUUUUUGGUACAUUCUCCUUUUUGUACCUCUUUGCAUUUGUUUUGUGGUUAUUUCAAUGACUGUAUUAUGCACUGUGAAGCCUAAAGUGAUACAAAGAUCAAUCAAAAAGAAAUAUCUAAAGCCUACGUCCUAUUGA